AUGACAGUCCAAUUCGUCCCUCAAGUUAAAGUGCAGACAGACAAAGCCAAAUUCUCCGAAAGCGAGCUCGUCACCAACUAUGUGUACAAAAACGCCAUAGUUGACAAGGAGGCCGACGGUUCUUUCGCUGUCAAGCCUUUUGAAGAGCCAUACCACUUCAAGGUUGACCUCAAAGUGCCUAAAGUGGGUGUCAUGCUCGUUGGCUUAGGAGGAAACAACGGAACCACCUUUGUUGCUUCCAUCCUUGCCAACAAGAACAAACUGCAAUUCCACACCAAAGAGGGACUGAAGACUGCCAAUUACUACGGCUCGGUCACCCAGUCGUCCACCAUCAAGCUCGGCAUCGACUCCAAGGGCCAGGAUGUGUAUGCUCCAUUCAAUUCGUUGCUUCCUAUGGUCAACCCUAACGACUUUGUCGUUGGCGGAUGGGACAUCAACGGUGACAACCUCGCUGCCGCCAUGCAGAAGGCACAGGUCUUGGAGUACGACCUUCAGGAGAAGCUCAAGGACCAGAUGAAGGAGAUCGUGCCGCUGAAGUCGAUCUAUUACCCAGACUUCAUUGCUGCCAACCAGGACGAAAGAGCAAAUAACUGCUUCAACAGAGUUAACGGUGAGAUUCACACCACCGGCAAGUGGAGCCACGUCGAGACCAUCAGAAAGGAUAUCCGCGAAUUCAAGGCCGCCAACAAGCUCGACAAGGUCAUCGUGCUGUGGACGGCCAACACCGAGAGAUACGCUGAUGUGGUGUCAGGUGUGAACGACACGGCAGAAAACCUGCUCGAGUCGAUUAAGAAGGACCACGAGGAGAUCGCGCCUAGCACGGUUUUUGCCGUGGCCAGCAUCCUGGAGCACGUCCCGUACAUCAACGGAAGUCCGCAGAACACCUUCGUUCCUGGAGUCAUUGAGCUUGCCGAGAAGAACCGCACCUACAUUGGCGGAGACGACUUCAAGAGCGGCCAGACCAAGCUGAAGUCUGUGCUGGCACAGUUUUUGGUCGAUGCGGGUAUUCGGCCAGUUUCCAUUGCGUCAUACAAUCAUCUGGGAAACAACGACGGAUACAAUCUCUCGUCGCCAAGACAGUUCCGGUCCAAGGAGAUCUCCAAGGCGUCUGUGGUGGACGACGUGAUUGCGUCGAACGAGAUUUUGUACAACGACAAGCUGGGCAAAAAAAUCGACCACUGCAUUGUGAUUAAGUACCUGAACGCAGUUGGAGACUCCAAGGUUGCAAUGGACGAGUACUAUUCCGAGCUGAUGUUGGGAGGCCACAACAGAAUCAGCAUCCACAACGUUUGCGAGGACUCGUUGCUGGCCACACCUUUAAUCAUCGAUUUGCUGGUCAUGACCGAGUUUUUGUCCAGAGUCACCUACAAAAAGGUCUCUGACGACAAAUAUGCCGACAUGUACUCUGUGCUGAGUUUCUUGAGCUACUGGCUCAAGGCUCCGCUUACCCGGCCGGGCUACCAGGCUAUCAACGGGCUCAACAAGCAGAGACAGGGUCUGGACAACUUCUUGCGUAUUCUUAUUGGUCUCGAGCCUUUGGACGAGCUUAGGUUUGAGGAGAGACUGGUGUAA